GGAGAUGUUCAGGGCAUUUAACCGGACAUUGUUGUAGUUUCGGUUAAUGCAAAGUCCACUUGAUCUGCCAAAGAUCCCAAACAAACGCCAAUUUAAUUUGGAUCCAACCAUAAUUGAACAAGUGUUUUUCCUCUUCUACCGGAAGUAUUCCUAAUCCACAAAGGCAGACUAGGCAGUGGUGCUGCUGUGUGACAAUGGGCAUCACCAAACUGGCAGAUCUGAUCCGUCAGGAUGCUCCUGGUGCUAUUUCUCAUAAGGAUAUCAGUGACUACACGGGAAAAGUAAUCGCACUGGAUACCUCCAUUGUUAUUAACCAGUUCCGUGCAGCGACGCCUUCACUGAGCCCCCUGACUGGUCUCUUCUUCCGCACGCUCACCUUCCUGGAACAUGACAUAAAGCCAGUCUUUGUGUUUGAUGGAAAGCCUCCCAGGGAGAAGAGCGCUGUUCUUGAGAAGCGCGCUGAAGCUGCUGGUUGGAAGUCACCCAACCGAACAGGCACAGCCUCACCCCAGACCAGAGACUGUCUCCAGCUGCUGAAGCUUCUGGGUGUUCCUGUCAUCCAGGCUCCAGGAGAUGCUGAGGCGCUGUGUGCCAAGCUGGUGAGAGAUGGGACUGUGGAUGCCGUUGCAUCAGAGGACAUGGACACUCUGCCGUUUGGAGCCAAUAUUCUCAUUCGACAGCUCAACGCCAAGAAGGACAGUAAAGUCAUUGAAUAUUCUUUACCCAAGCUGUUAGAGAAACUCAAAAUGACCCACGAGGAGUUUGUCGACCUGUGUAUUCUGUUGGGCUGUGACUACUGUGACAAGAUAGCCGGUUUGGGUCCGACAAGAGCGCUGUCUCUGAUCCAGAAGCACCGUACUAUUGAGAACGUGGUUUUGCACGUCAACAGAAAGACCCAUCCUGUGCCACAUUUCUGGGAGUACAAAGAAGCUCGGAAGAUAUUCCUGGAUGCACCACACUCAGUAGCUCCUGAACUCACCUGGACUGAGCCAGAUGAAGAAUCCUUGGUUAGACUUCUCUGCCACGUCAAAUACUUUAAGGAGGAGAGAAUCCGUCAUCGCAUGGAGAAGUUCCGUCAGACACGGGAAAGUAAGCGGGAGGAGAAGGAAAAAGAGACGGCAGAGGGAAAAAGCAAGCAGACUCGCAUUGAGGACUUCUUCAGAGUUACCAGAAAAAGGGCGCAGCCUGUGGACGCUUCAAGCAGCAACAGAAAGAGACCCAAGACUAAGUAAGGCUGCCAACAUCUCCUGCUUGCUGCUUCCACCGUCCAAGUUGGAAGACGUUUAACGCUGUCUGCAUUUCCUGAUAUUAGAUACAAUUCUGAAAAAAAUGAAAGAGACAAUCUGUUAUCCCACUCUUAAAUGUCUGGCAUAAGACAUUUUUUUAAACAAGCCAUCAUGCCUCCUUCUUGUUUUGAUGACUAUAUCUAGCAUCUUCACCAUCCAUAACAGUGACUAAAUAAUAAUGUGUUUUGAAUUUAUAUUAGGCUAAUAAUUGACACAUUUCAACAGUUUUAGAGGCUUUACAUGUUGAAUCAUGGUUUUACAUUCAGAGAAGACUAGGCUUUUCCAAGUGCCUUCUAGUAACCCUCCACAUUUUGAAGGAGCCAAAACAGGAGUUUUGCAAGACUCUUUCUUUGUCUCUACAUGGGAGGAGCACUUCUCCCACUGACAAUACAAUAAUCUGAUCUGGUCUUAACAGCAGUGUCUGCAACAAUGCAGUGCACUGAGCAGUUCUUCAGUGUAUCCAGCAGUUUCCUGCAGAGCUACAUAGAAAGCAGAGCAGGCGGUGUGGGCUAUGAAAGGGAACAGUGUGAUCACUGUUGGGGAGGCCUUCCCCCCCCCCCGCCAACACUGGAGACAGCGGAUGUCUCAUCACUAGAUAUUCAAUGAGCACCUGUUGUGUUCAGGGUGCCAAGGCUGAGACCAAGGCCUUGAAUGUUAAAACAUGCACACAAGUGGUAACAUGUGCAAAAAGAGAUAGUGAGAUGCUGCAAUAUGAAAAAAGGGUACUUGUGGGUUAUCUGUUUUUUAUUUAAUUUUCCAAUCCCAAUCCCAACCCUAACUAAAGUGCGUAUUUAGAGAGUUUGAAAAAAACAAUAAAAGUGGCGACAGAUAUCCCACAAGUACCAAAAUAUGUAUGUAUUUUUUGUAAAUACAGUGUACACUGUAUCAUUUUUGUAUUUUUUAAGAAAUUAUAAAACUGUUGAAGGUAUUUCUGCAGCUCAUUUUGCGAAAUUGUUAUCUGUCUAAUAAGUUAUUUAGCUUUUGUUCUUCUUUUUUAGUUUGUUCUCUUGCGUUCUCACACAUUUAUUCUCAGGACACAAUUUGAGCAGUACAAUAUAACUCAUGCUUUAAGAAAUGUGUCUUAAAAAAACAAUAAAACACAAUUUAAAUAAAUAA